UUGUUGUUCAAAAUCAACAUAAUUCUUUUUCUUUGGAUGGUGAUUAUCAUAUAUGGAAUUCUCCUAUACAAGACGACAAAUUCUUAUUAAAAAUUCGCGAAUCUAUCAGGGCACCUUUUAUACUGCGCAUGAUGCUACACGCUUUCACCGAAGAAAUAUUUUGGAAAACCGUUCGCACACACUAUGUAUUUAGCAAGCGAAGUAUGGGUCACUUUCUGGAAGAAAUUAUUACUGCUGUAAAAGAACAUAGUGCUAUGGAUAUAAUCAAUAAGUGGUAUAUGGAAAAGCAUUGUCCUAUUAUAAAAAUAAUACGAGAUCGUAAAGUUAAUAAUACGGAUAUUGUGACCGAAGUAAAUGUAUCGAUACAAUAUACCGACACAUUAAGCGUUUAUUGCGUUUUUGUAACUUUUACUACGCAAACGUUUUCCGAUUUUAACAAUUUUACUCAUCAUAAGGUAUGCACAGAAAAGGAUUUGAAAUUAUCAUUAAGAUUUGAAGAAACUGGUUGGAUAAUAUUCAAUCUACAACAAAUUGGUAAGUCGAUGAUGCAUUUCAUUUAAUGAUAUCAACCAAUGAACUUAUUAUGACUUAUUUCUCGUCUU